AUGUCGAUCGUCCACAUGGUUCUAUUCAAACUCAAGUCUUCAUUGACUGAUGCGGAAAAGAAGGAAUUCUGCGAUGAUAUGCUGUCCUUGAGACAAACAUGCCUUCAUCCAACUUCGAACAAACCGUACAUUGUAUCAUCUUCUGGUGGGAUCGAUGACAGCCCCGAGGGCGUUCAGGGAGGAUUCACCCAUGGCUUCGUCGUCGAAUUUGCGUCCAAGGAGGAUCGAGAUUACUAUGUGACCACAGAUCCCAUUCAUCAAGCUUUUGUGAAAAAGAAUGGCGCGAGAUUUGACGAUGUCAGAGUGAUUGAUUAUGAAAAGGGUGUAUAUUAG